AUGUCUAAUUCUGAUGGACGGCUUAUCCACACUGGUUUGGCUUUCCAAACUCGGCCACAGCCAACGGUGUAUCGCUCUAUUAUAGACGAGGUCAUUGGUUCCUUGAAACCUGAUUUUGACGAGUUCGGUGUGGGUGAAGACGUGCUCUUGACGCUUCAGCAGAAAUGGGAAUCCCGCGUCCACGCCUCUCGAGCCGCAGACUUUUCAGACUCGCAGGCCUCUGCGAGCAGCAAUCCCCACGCCGCUCAAUACAAUGGCAUCGGUUCAGUGGCUGCAAGUGGCGGAGUGUCGCGUACCGGUUCGCCAAACAUUCAUAGAACCAACUCACCGACAAUCCCCAACUCGCGAGGGGCCAGUCGCACAAAUUCCGUCGGAAACGUGACCAAUGCGUACACCCGAACGAGUUCUUCGAGUUUCUCUAACCCUCCUGUCAAAGCGGAGCCAAUAGAUCGAAGUUUACCAGCUGUCGGUAACCCGCCCUCUGUCGGCGGCAUGUCUCGUACCAACCAUGCGUCUUACAACCCAUCUCUCCAAGGACUCCCUUCGAUUUCUUUGCCACCUCUGAGCAACAUGGGUGCCGUGCCUCCACUGAGUUCAUACCCCCAAAACAUGAAUGCCCUAAACGCAUACGGCGCCAACAGAGGAGUCCCCGGUUACGGUGUACCCCCAGGAGGGAUGACAGAUAACCGGAACGUCCUCAUGCUUAACCGUGGCGCCGCGCCAUAUGGUGCUGGUGCUGCUGGUUCGUCUGCCUCUCAAGUCAAAAUGCCACAAGUGGACGGCACGUGGGAUGAGGAAGAAGGCGAUGAAGAGGGUAGUGUGUCUCUCCGGAAGCGUCAAUGGCUGGUACAGCGAUACCCGUGGAUGGCCGAGGCGCGCCUGGCAAAUGUGGAUACUAGCCAGCACGCCACAUUUGACAUAAUCCCACAAGUGGAUGGUCCAUCUUCCUCUACGCCACCUGUUCCUCCUCUCAAUACGCUUCCGCCUCUCAACCUCCCGCCUGUCUCGUCUGGCACCGGCAUCGUACGUGCUGGCGGUCCCCCACCUCUUACUCUGCCUCCCUUGAACCUGCCCUCGAUGAACACCCCCCCUAUGGGUAACAAGAUUCUUCAUCCUUCUCUUCUCAUCAAGCCACCGCCAGAGGAAGACGUGAAACCUUCUUUGGGAGGUGGUUCUAAUAGCUCCUUUGCUCGCAAUCCCAACGUACCAGCACAACCCUCAGAAGAUAUCAAUUCUGAUCUCGAUGAUACGGAUGAUGAUGAAGGUCCUCAGGAACAACCCGGCAGCGAUCCUGAUGCGGAUGUCACUUAUUGCACAUACGACAAGGUUACGCGUGUCAAGACGAGAUGGAAGGUUGUCUUCAGAGACGGCAUGGUUCAUGCCAAUGGCAAAGAUUACCUGUUUGGAAGGUGCACUGGCGAAUUCGAUUGGUGA